GAGUCCCCGCCUCUCUCCGGGGUGGGCUUUGAUGUUGUAGUUAGGAUCUUCUGGCUGGUGUUUGGAUUCUUGCUCGUUGUUGCUGACUUCCUCCGCCCGGGGCCCAGCGCAGUGGAGACAGGUUGCGCGUGGGCAACAUGAAGCGCCUGGGCUCGGUGCAGCGGAAGAUGCCGUGCGUGUUUGUGACGGAGGUGAAAGCUGAGCCUUCAGCCAAGCGGGAGCAUCAGCCAUUUAAAGUUUUGGCAACUGAAACUCUAAGUGAAAAGGCGUUAGAUGCAGAUGUGUACAAUGCAGUUGCGACAGAAAAAGUGGAUGGAACAUGCUGCUAUGUUACUAACUACAAAGGUCAGCCAUACCUUUGGGCUCGACUAGAUAGAAAACCUAACAAGCAAGCUGACAAGAGAUUUAAAAAAUUUCUACAUUCAAAAGAAAGCGCAAAAGAGUUUCACUGGAACACUGAGGAAGACUUCAAGCCUGUCCCAGAGUGCUGGAUACCAGCAAAGGAAAUAGAGAGACAGAACGGGAAACCAGUACCUGAUGAAAACGGACACAUUCCUGGUUGGGUGCCAGUAGAGAAGAACAGCAAGCAGUAUUGCUGGCACUCGUCGGUAGUGAGUUAUGAGUUUGGAAUUGCCCUGGUACUAAGGCACCAUCCUGAUGAUCCUGGGGUUUUGGAAGUUAGUGCUGUUCCCCUGUCAGAGCUUUUAGAGCAAACUCUGGAGCUGAUAGGAACAAAUAUCAAUGGAAACCCCUAUGGGCUAGGAAGCAAGAAAUCCCCAUUACAUUUUCUCACACCACAUGGAGCAUUCCAGGUCAGAAAUCUGCCUAUACUGAAACACAAUGACCUGCUGUCCUGGUUUGAAGACUGCAGAGAGGGUCAAAUUGAAGGGAUUGUGUGGCAUUGCGGUGACGGCUGUUUAAUUAAGGUCCACCGUCACCAUCUUGGUUUGUGCUGGCCACUUCCAGAUACUUACAUGAAUUCUAAACCAGUUAUUAUUAACAUGAACCUAAACAAUUAUGACUGUGCUUUUGAUAACCAGUCUUUGUUUAAUCAGUUUUCAAAAAUAGAUAAACAGAAAUUUGAUAGGCUCAAAGACAUAAUACUUGAUGUAUAAAAUGGAACUAAUUGUUGAGAGUCUUGUGAUUUUCUAAGAUUGAAUAGUUUGCAUUUAAUUUUGCUAGCUGUUUGGCAAAACAUGUCAACUUAUAAACAUGUUUUCUAGGUAUUUAUAGAAAUCACCAUUAGAAUUUGACUAUCUUAACACAAAAAUAAGUAUAAAAUGAUCAAUUUUAAAUAGUAAAAUUGACAUAAGCUUACCUUUAUGCUUUUUGAAAAUUUAAGUUAUUAUGAAAAUAGGAAUAUUUAUCAUAGCUCAUUGUGCACUGUAUAGUCAUAAAUUAUUGAAGUCUUCGAAAAUAUACUUUUCUAACAAGUUAAAACUAAAUAUGAUUUUUUAAGAAAAAAAAUACAGUAUUUUGAGAUGUAAAUUCCGUAAUUCAGAGACUGCUUGAUUUCCAGCUGAAACUUUUUUCAUUCAUAAAAUAGUUUUAAAUCUACAGUUAAACGAGGCCAUUAAUAAAUAGGGAAACUAUUAGGACUUUCUCCAUCUUCUGACUGUUCCGAAGCAGCAAGAAGACUAGGCAGUUCAAACCCAAACUGUUCCGACAGUGUUUUUAGCUUCUCUUCUAAUAGGAUAUUCUUUUUCACUUCUUCCUUAUAAUUGUACUUCAGGUCUUCAAUUUCUUCAAAAAAUGAAGGAUCAAAAUUUUCCAGUUCUUUUUUCAGCUUUUUAAUUUCCUCCUAAAAGUUACAUACAGGAUACAUGUUUUUGGUUUGAAAUUCAGAUUUAAUAAUAAACAUAAAAACUCAAAAUCUUAAAUAUAAAUAUUUUUCAUUAUAUUUUACUGUUCAAGGUUCCAUUGUACUAUGUGAAUAAUGUAGAAGCUGCCAUCUUUAGCUAAAUUUUAAGACUGAAUCUUUAAACUGCCUCAGAUAUUCUCAGGCAAGCGAAAGGGACUUUGCUUUUUUACAACAUUUAAGAGUUUUCAGUAUUUAUAAUGUUCUGAUUUUUAUCUUUUAUAUAUAGUAUUUAUGAUCAUGGGAGCUCUGGGACUUGGCAAAGUUAAGCACCUGGUGAAGUGCAUGCUUACAGCGUUUACACAAACCAGUGAUGCGCACCCUGGGCUUGCUUCCAGACCACUGUGUUUCUGGAGUCUUAAGGAGAGAACAGAAAUGAUUUAAGGGGAAGAUCCCUGAAAAUAAUUUCAAAAGGGACUUAGAAAACACUUUCCCCACCAUGACCCACAAAUUAAGAAAAUAGUUUUAAAAAACUAUUAAGAGAUGUGCAUUGGUUACAAUUUAAAAAUAAAUUUAUUCUCUAGUCCUUUCUAUUUGUUUGAUUUUUUGCUG